AUGCCUCGUCCACAAUUUUUUGUUGGACUUCGCAAGCACGGCGAGAAGUCUGUCUUUGCGAAUGUAGAAAAAGAGGGAGAUGAUUAUAUCUGUGCCGAUCCAUCCAUUCGAGUCUCCGUCCAGCUAACUUGUAACUCCUUGCAUGUGGAAUCGACUAACAUCAAUACUACCUUCUUGUCACCAGUAUCUGACAUCCGCGAUCUGCAUGAUUCUGCCAUCCAGUCGAUGGACAUCUCGUGCACAGGGAAUCUCAUUGUAUCGUCGGAUAUCAGCGGGAAUCUGAUCAUCUCUAAUGUGAUGAAUGGAAGCCUUCUGCGUGUAUUAAAAGGCCACAUAAUGGACGUUUACAAAUGUCGGUUUUUCCCUAGUGGUUUGGUUGUUCUCUCAGCUGGCAUGGAUAUGUCGGUAAGGGUAUGGUCAGUGGAGACAGGACAAUGCCCGCGAGUAUUCAGAGGGCAUACCAUGGCGGUCACAGACAUUGCCAUCAUUGGCGUUGGUCGUGAAGUAUUGUCAUGCUCAAAUGACGGCGCUGUGAUCAAGUGGUUGUGUGCAGAUGGAUCACAGCAAGAAUUAUGGAGACUCGAAGCUGGACAGUGCAACGCUCUUGCUCUUGAUCAAAGUAAGGCCGUUUGA